AUGGAAAAAUAUACAGAAAUUUUAUUUAAAAUUUUAAUAAAUGGACGAGGCAAUUUUGAAACAAUUUAUUUGACCUUUGAAAAUACUACAGGAAUGUUGAAAUAUUUCAAAAAUGUAACAAUGUUUUAUGAACAUAUUGUUGAAUAUAUAGCAACAUCUAGAGACUGUUCAAAAAUGGUUCCUGUUAUUAUUUUACGUUAUUAUAGACCAACAAAUCUCAAAUUAAAUGAAAGGGCAGAAAAAGUUGAAAUUGAACAAGGAACUGAUGAAAAAUAUACAAAAUACCAAAUUGCCAAUAUUUACAAUCCAAAAGUAAAAUUCUCAUUUAUCGUUAGAGAGGAUGAAGACCUUUUUACUUCAAUUAAUAUCAACAAAGUAUGA